UGCAAACCUGAAAGAUCGAAAAUGGUGGCCCGCCCUUUUCAUUGAUCCACGUCAUUCUCAUAAGCCGGCUCCGUUUCUGCAGCCACUGGCAUCUAUUGAGAAUGGGCGCCAGUCGGUACCAUAGGACAGUUUCCUACGAGCAAAGAUCUUUGGUCUGCAAGCUUCUGAUCAAGUGAUUGUUUGAGCUACAACAAUGGCGCUCGAAUGCUGCGGUUAGAUUCAACUGGCACCAGAUUUUCCCUUCUCCUCUAUCCAGUUGAUUGACGGGCAUCACCUUGCAUAAGAGGCUGGAUCAUUGAGAGUAGUUGUGAUGGCUAGUAGUAGACUGCAGGAUGUGGGGCGGUUGGCUCGGGGACUAGGAUUGGUCGCCGCACAGGGGAUCGGAGAGCUAGCAGGCACACAGGCAGCCAAGAAAGCCUUGGCAGGCGACUUUGGGGGUGCACUUAUAGCAGCCACAAAAGGGGGCGCCGAGGUGAUCGUAUCCCUGCCGGGAAAGACUCAUGCUUUUCCUGGAGAUGUCACUGUGCACCGUCACGCAGGAGACGGGACAAGUUCUAGGAGUCCACAUGGAGGGGUGGUGUCAAGUCUGGAUAAGACGGUGGCUUCUGCGGUUGGGGCGGGGGUUGAGAGUGCGCGCUCGGCUGCGGCGCAAGCUGGCUUAGAUCCAUACAUGCACCAAGCGGAGCAGAGUGCCAAGUCCACGCUUGAAACCGUCGCUGGCUCUCUGCAUGGCGCCAGCCAGCAAGCGGAGCAGAGUGUCAAGUCCACUCUUGAUUCUCUCAGGGGCCAGCGCCCUCUUGCAGAGUUGGGGGGGUGGGUUACUGGAACCGGAAGCAGCCUUCAGUUUACGGCCACACAAGAGGCAGCUGGGGAGAGGCUUACCGAGGCGGGGCAACAACUUGGGAAGGCGCUUGGGGAGGCUUUGGACCCCCGCAGUGAGCUUGGACUUGAGAUGCGGGUCGGGGACGCGUUCCGGCAACUAGAGACGGCAAUUCCAAAGGAGCAGCGGGCGCAGCUGAGCGCGGCUAUCGACGGCGUGUCGCUAGCGUCACGGAUCGCUUUCCAUGCGGGGUCGCAUCCCGACAGUCAGCUCCGGAGGGUUUUGAACGGUCAAGGGUUCGAUUUGCAGGCUGCGACCCGAGAAGUGACAGACGUGCUGAAGCAGGCGCGAAAGGGGGGAAGGUUAUCCCCUGAGUUAAGGCAGGGGUUAGAGCAGGCGGUGCAAAUUUCCAAGCAGGUUGAUCAGCAGCUUGAUUUGCGAGGGGAGCUGGAACGCGCCGGUAGUUCCAUUCUCAAGGCUUUGUUUGAGGCAGAUACAGAGCCAAGCAUCACAAGGAAAGCAAGUUCGAUUACUUUUGCGCGAAGCCAGCCUGGGUUUGGAGCUGACGUCUGGUCCUGGAUCGAGAACCGAAGCAACUCCCACGCAGGGCCCACUUUACACUCUGGUCCCGGUUCAAACCAGAGCGCGUCAGCAGGAGUGCAGCCAUUGGCGGCAGGCACACACAGCCCCGAGGAGCGGUUGGCAAAGCUCAAGGCGAUGCCAGUGUCCGAACACUCGCACCGCAUGCCUUCCGAAACAAACACGGGGACGGUGACCUUUGUUGCCCCAGGACACGAGUCGAAGCUUGAGAAACAGAAGGGGGACGCCUCGGACAGUCGGAGAAUGGAGCAGACUAGCGGUGGAAGGGAUAUGCACGCAGCGGGGGCGGCUCUUGGGAUUGAUGCCAAGCGAUUGGACGAGACAGACGCCCGGGGAAGGGCGACGAGCAGUGAAGAUGCCAAGACGAGCAGCUCCGAUGCAGGGAGAAGCCCUUCAGAAGACGCACAUUCUGCUACGAAAGCUAGGACGACCAGUACAGAUGUUGGAAGGAGCGGUUUGGACACUGAGAGAAGCCCAGUGGGACGUCCAACGAGCGAAGAGACAACGAGAGUGGGUGAGAAACUUAAGGAUGGGAAUGCGGCCGAGAUCGACGAGCCGGUGGUGGCGCAAUCGAAAGAAGUACGGGCGCGGCAGCGUGCGGAAGAGUCCAAGAGGAAAGAGGUGGAGCGGAGAACGAAGCAGGCGCGGGAAAGGAAGGUUCCGGCGGGGCCCAUGGCACGGGUGUUUGGGUUCGGCCAGAUGGCAGCGGGAAUGGCAUUCGGCACUCUAGGCGAGUCGGCGGGGCGGCUCAUGUUUGGCGGCGCUGCUCCUGGAGGGAACGCGUUCAUGAGCGAGGGAAACGCGGAGAGGCUUGCGGCGGGCUUGGCAAGGAUGCGCGGAGCGGCUCUUAAGCUGGGCCAGAUGCUGAGCAUCCAGGACGAGAGCGUCAUCCCCCCGCAGAUUGCCAAGGCGCUCGAGCGUGUGCGGCAGGGCGCUGACGUCAUGCCACGCAAGCAACUAGAGCGGGUGCUGGCGGGCGAGAUGGGGCCCGGCUGGAAGGGCCGCCUCGCGGAGUUCGACGACCUGCCCAUGGCCGCGGCGAGCAUCGGGCAGGUGCACCACGCGACUUUGAAAGAGGAAUACGCGGGGGGCGCGUAUGGUCCCUUCCGUGAGGUGGCCAUGAAGGUGCAGUACCCCGGUGUCUCCGAGAGCAUUGACAGCGACAUCGACAACAUGCGGCGCAUCCUCGACUGGACGGACGUUGUUCCCAAGGGCCUAUAUCUGGACCACGCCAUCAAGAUUGCCAAGGUCGAGCUCGGCGCCGAGUGCGACUAUGCGCUUGAGGCGCGGAGUCAGAAGCGGUACCGCGAGAUGCUGGGAGACGACCCCGACUUUUACGUUCCGCAAGUGGUGGAUUACUUGUCCACUAACAAGGUGCUAACCACGGAGCUUGUGCCAGGCAACUCCAUUGACAACGUGGCACGCAUGGACGAGGCUACGCGUAACCGCGUGGCGGAACGGCUGCUGCGGUUGACGCUCCAGGAGCUCUUCGAGUUCCGCUUCAUGCAGACGGACCCAAAUUGGGGCAACUUUUUGUACGACGAGGAAACGGACCGCAUCUAUCUGAUCGACUUUGGGGCUGCGCGCGACUUUCCCAGGGUAUUCGUUGACAACUACCUAGAGAUGGUCCGAGCAUGCGCCGACAAAGACCGGGAUGGCGUCAUCGAGUACUCCAAGCGCCUGGGCUUCCUGACCGGGGACGAGUCCCGGGUCAUGUUGGACGCGCACUCCCAAGCGGCGUUUGUGGUCGGGAUCCCGUUUGCCAAACCGGGCGGGUUUGACUUCAAAACCACGGACCUAACCAAGCGGGUUACGGCCCUCGGGGCGGUGAUGCUUCGCCACCGGUUGACGCCUCCCCCCGACGAAGCGUACUCUUUGCAUAGGAAGUUGUCCGGGGCGUUUUUGGCGUGCAUAAAGCUGGGGGCCACCGUGCCGUGCCGAGAAUUAUUCUUUAAGGUUUACGACAACUACGAUUUUGGAAGCAAGCCGGGCGCUGCAAGGUGAAGCGUCACAUUGAUGCCAUAGCCACAAUUCUUUCUUAGGUAGACAAGCAAGCACCGUCGAUUCUUAACUGGAGUUGCUAGGCAUAAAGCUGUCAGCAACUACAGAAGCUUGAUCGUUGUCACCGACUACGUGGUAUAAACUCUGAACAACUGUGCUCAUAUCCCUUUUGUCAAAGGCCGAACCACCGACCCGCAGAUGUUGCUCCGUGUACUAGAGUAAGAGAGUCCUGCCCUUUUACUAAUUAUUUGGCAGCGCGACUCACGGAUAUGAUCAAAUAAUUCGAGACACAACUUAGAACUGACGCAUCAUUGUGCAUACUUAGGGGUGGCAGUCAGGUGCGCAGCGG